UAUACAGUAGCAUUGCAAAAUUACAAUUAGCCAGCAUUAUUCAGGACAAUGGGGCGACUGAAGAUAGCUACCGGACUGCUGCUUGUCUUGCUCAUUGAUCCAGUGUCUCUGGGUCCGUUGCCAGCCAAAGAAUCAUGGGGGUAUGUGGACGUCCGCGAGGGAGCGCACAUGUUCUGGUGGCUGUACUACGCCGAUGGCUCGUCUGGAAGCUACAAGGACCUGCCCCUUGUAAUGUGGCUGCAGGGUGGUCCUGGUGGGUCAGGGUGUGGUUUUGGGAACUUUGAGGAGAUCGGCCCCCUGGACAGAGAUCUGGCCCCCAGGAACACUACCUGGAUCCAGGCUGCCAGUGUGAUGUUUGUGGACAACCCUGUGGGCACGGGCUACAGCUACACGGACACAGAGGACGCCCUGACCAAGGACGUGGCCAUGGUGGCGGCGGACAUGAUGGUCCUGCUCAAAAACUUCUUCGCCACCAAAACGGAGUUCCACAGUGUCCCCUUCUACAUAUUCUCUGAGUCUUAUGGGGGGAAAAUGGCUGCAGCGAUCGCACUGGAACUCACCAAGGCCAUUGAAGCGAGGACGAUUAAAUGCAACUUUGCUGGUGUGGCGCUGGGAGACUCCUGGAUCUCCCCACUUGAUUCUGUGCUCACCUGGGGACCUUACCUGUACAGCACAUCCCUGCUGGAUGACUACGGUUUGGGGGAGGUGACCAGAGCUGCCAAGGCCGUGGAGCAGGCGGUGAACGAGAGCCACUUCGAGAGGGCCACGGAGCUGUGGUCAAUCACCGAGAGCGUGGUGGAACAGAAUACCAAUGGGGUCAACUUCUAUAACAUCCUCACCCAGGACCCUGAUGGCAGAGUUAAGCAGGUGGCUGGAGAUGGAUACCUUGCCGCUCUCAGGCGCCGUCACGUCCGCCCCCUGCACCGCCAAUCCCUCGGGGAGCUGAUGAACGGGCCAAUCAGGAAGAAGCUGGGCGUCAUCCCGGAGAAUGUCACCUGGGGAGGCCAAGCAAAUGCUGUUUUCACAAGCAUGGAAGGAGAUUUCAUGAAGCCCGUGGUGGACAUUGUGGACCAGCUGUUGGCCGCAGGCGUGAACGUCACUGUCUACAACGGGCAGCUGGACCUGAUCGUGGACACCAUGGGCCAGGAGCUGUGGGUGAAGAAACUGAAGUGGCCUGGGCUUCCUCACUUCACCCAACAGCAGUGGACAGCGCUGGACGACCCCGCCUCUCCUGGCCAAACCGGAGCCUUCUACAAGAUCCACAAGAACUUUGCCUUCUACUGGAUCCUCAAGGCUGGCCACAUGAUCCCAUCAGACCAGGGAGCAAUGGCCCUGAAGAUGCUGCGGAUGGUGACCCAGCAAGAGUGACCACCCAGUCCCAUACACACACACACACACACACACACACACACACACACACACACACACACACACACACACACACACAGAUGCAAUGUGGAAUGGCCUGCAAAUACUUGAAGACAAUCAAUCAAAUGCUCUGCCUACCAAAUAUCACAGAAUAUCGCGUUUCUCAUUGACUCCUGUGUCCAUAUUAGAAAACAUCGUUCGAUUCUUUUCUGAUCGUCAGGAAUUUUGAAAUAACCAAAAUCUUUAUUUUGAUUACCAAUGUUGUUUCUUGAUAAAUCUGUCU